CAGAAUGUAAAUAUCAUUUCCCCCAAAGCCACCCUAAAGAUAAAGAUAAAGAUAAAGAUAAAGAUAAAGAUAAAGAUUACUAACUUGUUAGUAUAAAUACCACAACAAACUCGACAAUUGUUUAAGUUUAGUUAGCAACUAAGUAUCUCGAACAUGUCAAAGCUGCAAUCAAUUGACAUUCAAGUUCUUGGAGACUUUCAGUCAUUAUACGGAAAAAAAUGGCCCAAGUAUAGUCAAGAAUAUUAUAUUCUCAGAAAUGUUAUUGUGUUUUCGAAAGUUGAGCCGCAACUUAAGCAUAUCAAUGCUUACACCUUGGCAGAUCAACGGGCCAAGGAAUUGGGUCUCUUUCUGAUUCUGGAUCGAUAUCAGCUGUUUGUGGGCUGUCUUGGUUAUUCGCUGGAAUUGCUGGAGCAGGCUCUGCAUCAGCUGGAUUGGAACAGAGGCAUACUUUGCUCAUCAAUCCCAUCGCGUUAUUUGGCAUCUGUUUUGAAGGUUAUUCAGGCUAAAGGGCUCACAAUUGAGUAUAAUCACGAGAGCAAUCUGUAUCAUUUGUCAGCAGAGGAUGCAUUGCAGUUGCCAAUAGACUGCCCUACAGGAUUUAAAUUAAAAUCGCUGUCUGAGGAAGAUGCUUACUUGAUAGACCAGGCAUGGCCCUACAGCCAGGAGGGUUCCUUGUUCUUUUUACAACGUCAAAUUCGCCUGUGUCCCAGCAUGGGAUUAUAUGAUGAGCAAACUCACAAGCUGGUUGCCUGGUGCACCAGAACACAGGAUGGUCUGUUGGCUGCUUUGCAAGUUGAUAAUAAAUACAAACGACGUGGUUUUGGAUCUCUUGUUGUCAAGACUCUUUCACAAGAUAUUGCCGCAUUGGGAGAUGAUGUUAUUGCCGAGAUAUAUCCCAAAAACAAAGCAUCUAGCAAUUUGUUUAGUAAAUUAGGCUUCCAGGUGAUUGAUCAGUGCUAUUGGAUCAACACUGCACCUGCGACAGGAAAAUUUACGUGGCCCGAGGGUCAAUAGGUCAUGGUACAACUACAAGUUUAAUAUGAAAAUUCAGUUAAAUUCAAUAUUUCAAAGAGCUUAUAAAAGAGUUUUAAGAGACUCAUAAAAAAAAUUGUAAACAAAAACCAGAUUAAAAUCUCUCCUUCUACAAGAUUAUAAGAGCAAA